GAAUCACUCACACGCGAGCCAACACUAGUUUUAGCACUCAAGCAGAAACGUGGCGCCUUCCAUUCGGCUGCAUAAGAUAAACACGCAACUUAUGUGACGAAUCACUAACAUUAGCUACACGACAACCGCAACGACGAAAAAAACCUGACAGUGGUUGCAGUGAGAAAAUGUUUGCAAGGACCACAGCAAAGUACGUGGAGGAAAAGGACCGUCGUCAACGACCCGAAGUUCUUUGGCUGCAGCCUUAUUUUGUGUUGUACAGAGCAGACAUCAGUGAAGCUAUUGGUCCUAAGCAGGAGGAGCCAGAGCGCACUCGCAUUAAAGAGGAAGAUGUGGCCAAAGAGGUCCAGCACCUCAAUGAACAAAUGGAGCAGAAGUUUCUUUGCACCAUAAAAGAGGAGGAAGAUCCGGAGCGGCCUUGUAAUAAAGAGGAGAGAGAGGACUCCUGCGACAUUAAAAACGAGAGAGAAGACUCCUAUGACAUUAAAAAGGAAGAGGAGGAGGAUGCCUGCAAGAUACCAUUGACUGGUGUCCAUUUGAAGAGUUUAGAUGCGGGUCAACGUGAGGUGACCAAAGGGGCGGAGCCUCCAAGCUGCAGCUCAAGUCAACAAAUGACCAGAGAAGGUGAUGGAGACCACUGUGGGGGAUCACAAGCAGCUCCAUCAUCAGAUUGUGAUGACGUGUCGUCACAUGUUCCUGCUGCUGCUGUUGGUGCUGUGGCUGCUGCUGCUGAUGAUGAGUCUCAAAACAAACACAGACAAUGUUCUCAGUGUGGAAUUUUUUUUGCUCAUAGCAGUAGUUUGAAACAACACAUGGGAAUGCACACAAGAAAGAAAACCUUUUCCUGCUUAGAUUGUGGCCAAAAUUUCUCUCGGAUGGACAUUUUAAAAAUCCACACAAGAAUCCACACUGGCGAGAAACCUUUUUCAUGCUCAGUUUGUGGCCAAAAGUUCGGUCAUAAGGGACACUUAAAAACACAUACAAGAAUCCACACUGGUGAGAAACCUUUUUCAUGCUCAGUUUGUGGCCAAAGAUUCUCUGAGAAGACAGCCUUAAAAACUCAUACAAGAAUACACACUGGCGAGAAACCUUUUUUAUGCUCAGUUUGUGGCCAAAGAUUCUCUGAGAAGAGAAGCUUAAAAAGUCAUACAAGAAUACACACUGGCGAGAAACCUUUUUCAUGCUCAGUUUGUGGCCAAAGAUUCGGUCAUAAGGGACACUUAAAAAUUCAUAUAAGAAUCCACACUGGCGAGAAACCUUUUUCAUGCUCAGUUUGUGGCCAAAGAUUCUCUGAGAAGAGAAUCUUAAAAAUUCAUACAAGAAUCCACACUGGCAAGAAACCUUUUUCAUGCUCAAUUUGCGGCCAAAAAUUCUCUCAGAAGGGAAGUUUAAAUACGCACACAAGAAUCCACACUGGCGAGAAACCUUUUUCAUGCUCAGUUUGUGGCCAAAAAUUCUCUCUCAGGCAAUCUUUAAAAAGGCACACAAGAAUCCACACUGGCGAGAAACCUUUUUUAUGCUCAGUUUGUGGCCAAAAAUUCUCUCACAGGGGAUCUUUAAAAAGGCACACAAGAAUCCACACUGGCGAGAAACCUUUUUCAUUAACCUUAGCUACACUACAACCCCAACGACGAAAGAGACCGGACAGUCGUUGCAGCGAGAAAAUGUUUGCAAGGACCACAGCAAAGUACGUGGAGGAAAAGGACCGUAGUCAACGACCGGAAGCUGUUUGGCUGCAGCCUUAUUUUGUGUUGUACAGAGCAGACAUCAGUGAAGUUAUUGGUCCUAAGCAGGAGGAGCCAGAGCGCACUCGCAUUAAAGAGGAAGAUGUGGCCAAAGAGGUCCAGCACCUCAAUGAACAAAUGGAGCAGAAGUUUCUUUGCACCAUAAAAGAGGAGGAAGAUCCGGAGCGGCCUUGUAAUAAAGAUGAGAGAGAGGACUCCUGCGACAUUAAAAACGAGAGAGAAGACUCCUAUGACAUUAAAAAGGAAGAGGAGGAGGAUGCCUGCACGAUACCAUUGACUGGUGUCCAUUUGAAGAGUUUAGAUGAGGGUCAACGUGAGGUGAGCAAAGGGGCGGAGCCUCCAAGCUGCAGCUCAAGUCAACAAAUGACCAGAGAAGGUGAUGGAGACCACUGUGGGGGAUCACAAGCAGCUCCAUCAUCAGAUUGUGAUGACGUGUCGUCACAUGUUCCUGCUGCUGCUGUUGGUGCUGCGGCUGCUGCUGCUGAUGAUGAGUCUCAAAACAAACACAGACAAUGUUCUCAGUGUGGAAUUUGUUUUGCUCAUAGCAGUAGUUUGAAACAACACAUGAGAAUGCACACAAGAAAGAAAACCUUUUCCUGCUUAGAUUGCGGCCAAAAUUUCUCUCGGAUGGACAUUUUAAAAAUCCACACAAGAAUCCACACUGGCGAGAAACCUUUUUCAUGCUCAGUUUGUUGCCAAAGAUUCUCUGAGAAGAGAACCUUAAAAACUCAUACAAGAAUACACACUGGCGAGAAACCUUUUUUAUGCUCAGUUUGUGGCCAAAGAUUCUCUGAGAAGAGAAACUUAAAAAUCCACACAAGAAUCCACACUGGCGAGAAACCUUUUUCAUGCUCAGUUUGUGGCCAAAGAUUCUCUGAGAAGAGAACCUUAAAAACUCAUACAAGAAUCCACACUGGCGAGAAACCUUUUUCAUGCUCAGUUUGUGGCCAAAGAUUCUCUGAGAAGGGAAGUUUAAAUACGCACACAAGAAUCCACACUGGCGAGAAACCUUUUUCAUGCUCAGUUUGUGGCCAAAAAUUCUCUCUCAGGGAAUCUUUAAAAAGGCACACAAGAAUCCACACUGGCGAGAAACCUUUUUCAUGCUCAGUUUGUGGCCAAAAGUUCAGUCAGAAGGGACACUUAAAAAGUCAUACAAGAAUCCACACUGGCGAGAAACCUUUUUCAUGCUCAGUUUGUGGCCAAAGUUUCUCAGCGAAGAGAAGCUUAAAAGGCCAUACAAGAAUCCACACUGGCGAGAACCCUGGUGCCUGCUCAGUCACUUGCAAAAGAGUCUCUAAUGAGAAUUCCGAGUGUGUUGGGGAGAUGAGCAAUGAUCCGUGAAGUUUUCACCUUCUGUUUGUUGAUGGGUUUUUGCAUCGAUGUUAAAAUACCUAGUUAACUGGUCUCAGGAUUAUAAUAGUUUUGUAGUAAUCAUUAUACUUGAUGUUUACUUUGUGUUUAGUUGUGGAUUUUAACUGUAAUUAAUUUUAAUUCAUAUUCAGGCCAAGUUGCUUAGUUUCUAUUUGUGUUUAAGGUUUUAGUUUUGUUCAGAUUUUCAUGUUCAUUCACAAUGAUUAAAACUCUCCUCCAAAAGUGAGGCCAAUUUUUUUCAUUUUGCAGUAAAAGUAGAUGAAGCAAGUUGUGUAGAAAUGCUGAAUGACAAACUAUGAAAGCAUGUAGAAUGCCUUAGAUUCAUGAAAUAAAAUGAGAGAAUGAUACGGAA